GGGGCGGGACGAGGGGCGGGGCGGGGCGCGCCGAGCUCGCCCAGAGCCGGAGCCAGGGAGAGAGCAUGGCUACUCUGCGCCGGCUGCGGGAAGUCCCCCGGCACUUGCUGGUCUGCGAGAAAUCCAACUUCGGCCAUGACAAGUCGCGCCACCGGCAUCUUGUGGAGACGCACUAUCACAACUACAGGGUUUCAUUUCUGAUUCCUGAAUGUGGGAUACUGUCAAAAGAACUGAAAAACCUAGUCAUGGAAACUGGACCUUAUUACUUUGUGAAGAACUUACCUCUUCAUGAGUUAAUUACACACGAAUUCAUCCACUCCUUUGUGAAGAAAGGUUCGUUCUAUGCACUAACAUACAAUACAAAUAUUGAUGAAGAUAAUACUGUUGCCCUCCUGCCAAACGGGAAAUUAAUUUUAUCACUGGAUAAAGAUACUUAUGAAGAAACUGGUCUUCAAGGUCGUCCAUCUAAGUAUUCUGGCAGAAAAGUCAUGAAAUUUAUUGUUUCCAUUGAUUUGAUGGAUUUAUCCUUUAACCUGAAUUCUAAGAAGUAUGAAAGAAUAUCUUGGUCCUUCAAAGAAAAGAAGCCAUUGAAAUUUGAUUUUCUUUUGGCUUGGCAUCAUACAGGUGCAGAAGAAUCAACGGUGAUGUCACACUUUUCCAGUUACCGAAUUCAGGAGCAUCAGCCAAAAAUAGCCCUGAGCACAGUGACAGAGCUGCAGUGCCCCGUCCUGCGGAGCAGCGCACUCCAGGGGGAGCCAGAGGCAGCCUGCAGUGCUCCCGAGCUUCUGGACUGGCUGGGCGCCGUCUUCAGUCACACAGAACUAAAUAACGAGCCUCAUAACUUCAUAUCCACCUAUUGCUGUCCUCAGCCAAGCACAGUGGUUGCCAAAGCUUAUUUGUGUACAAUCACGGGUUUCAUACUUCCAGAGAAGAUCUGUCUCCUUUUGGAACAGUUGCGUCACUACUUUGAUGAGCCCAAGUUAGCUCCUUGGGUUACAUUGUCAGUACAAGGCUUUGCAGACAGUCCUGUUUCGUGGAGAGAAAAUGAACAUGGCUUUCGAAAAGGAGGAGAACAUUUAUACAACUUUGUGAUUUUUAACAAUCAGGACUAUUGGCUUCAGAUGGCUGUUGGGGCGAAUGAUGACUGUCCACCGUGAAAAAUACAAAACUUAAAAUCA